AUUUUCUCUCCUCUCUCUCCAAAGUUGCGUUUUCUCUCUCUGUUUCUAUAUAAACACACACACCCACUGUCAACUCACUCGCUUUCAUCAAACCUCUCAACUCUUCCGUUGUCUUCUUCAUCGAAAAUCUCAAGCAAAAUGUCUCGCCGAGGCGGCGGCGGUCGUGGUUCGGGUGGUCGUGGUGGACAGCCCUCGCCGGCUGUAUCUCGCGGCGGCGGUGGUGGUAGCGGCAGAGGUGGCGGUGGAAGAGGUGGACGAGGCGGUGGUGGGAGAGAUGGAGGCAGGGUAGGUCAUCCGGCUACUCAGCAGUUCCAUUCUCCGUCUCCUCAGCCUACUCCGGUUGUUUCCGCGCCUCCUCAGCCUACUCCGGUUGCUUCCCCUCCUCCUCCCCAGACUUCAACGGGAACAUCUUCUGCUUCCUCAUCGGGAACUGCUGCGCUCUCACAGCCUGAGGUUUCCAAGAUCGAAGCACAAGUGGAGAAGAUGACAUUGACGCCGCAGAAUGUUCCGCCGUCUUCAUCUAAAGAUUUGACUGUGGCGAAGAGGCCGGGAUAUGGAACCGCUGGCCGGAAAGUUGUUGUUCGUGCCAAUCAUUUCCUGGUUCAAGUUGCUGACAAAGAUCUCUACCAUUACGAUGUUUCUAUUACUCCUGAAGUUGCAUCCAAAAGGGUCUGCCGAGAUAUAAUAAACCAGCUUGCAAAUACGUAUAGAGAAUCUCAUUUAGGUGGAAGAUAUCUAGCAUAUGAUGGAGGAAAAAGUGUUUAUGUUGCUGGUCAACUUCCAUUUUCGUCCAAAGAGUUCAUGAUAAAAUUAGUCCGUAAAGAUGGUGCUGGGUCUUCCCAACCAACAAGGAAAGAACGAGAGUUCAAAGUAUCUAUCAAAUUUGCCUCCAAACCAGACCUCCAUCAUCUACAACAGUUUAUACAUGGACGUCAACGAGAUGCACCACAGGAGACUAUACAAGUUCUUGAUGUUGUUUUGAGAACAAAACCAUCUGUCGAAUACACAGUUGUUGGAAGGUCAUUUUUUGCGCUUGAAUUGGGGGAGCCAGGUGAUCUCGGUAAUGGUGUUGAGUAUUGGAGGGGAUAUUACCAAAGUCUACGACCUGUACAAAUGGGUUUAUCUUUAAAUAUAGAUGUGUCAGCUAGAUCAUUUUAUGAACCAAUAUGUGUGACAGAAUAUGUUGUUAAACACUUCAACCUAAGGAAUUUCUCAAGGCCAAUGUCUGAUCAGGAUUGUCGCAAGAUCCGAAAGGUACUUAGAGGUGUGAAGGUUGGACUUACCUGUAGGGAGCAUGCCAGGACCUACAAAAUUACUGGGAUAUCAUCAGAGCCUGUUAACAGAUUAAUGUUUACUCUUGAUGAUCAGAAAACCCGAAUCUCUGUUGCACAGUACUUUCGUGAAAAAUAUGGUGUGGCACUCAAAUAUCCAUCUUUACCAGCUAUACAAGCUGGUAGUGAUGCAAAGCCUGUUUAUUUGCCUAUGGAGGUUUGUAAGAUUGUUGCUGGGCAGAGAUAUACCAAAAAAUUGAAUGAACGCCAAGUAACUGAGAUGCUAAGAGCGACUUGUCAGAGACCUACGAACAGGGCAGAAAGUAUAGGGAAGAUGGUUGAUAAGAUCGAUCAUUCUAAAGAUAAAAUUGUCAACGAUUUUGGCAUUAAUGUUGAAUCUGGGUUAUGUGAUGUUGGUGCUCGUGUUUUGCCAUCCCCAAUGCUAAAAUAUCACGAUACUGGCAAAGAAUCAAGAGUUGAUCCAAGGAUGGGUCAAUGGAAUAUGAUUAACAAGAAAAUGAUCAAUGGUGGUAGAGUUGAUUAUUGGGGCUGUGUGAACUUCUCUUCACGGUUGGAUCCAGGUUUGCCAUCUGAAUUUUGUCAUCAGUUGGUUAGCAUGUGCAAUAGCAAAGGAAUGGUUUUCAAUCCUACACCGCUGUUUCCUGUACGUACUGCACAUGCAAAUCAAAUUGAUGGUGCACUUAGAGACAUUCAUAGCCAUUCUUUAAAAAGUUUGGGACCCCAGGGCAAAUCUCUUCAGUUGCUCAUAAUUAUUUUACCUGAUAUUUCUGGUUCCUAUGGGAAGAUCAAAAGGAUAUGUGAGACUGAGCUUGGAAUAGUUUCACAAUGCUGCCAACCUAGGCAAGCACAAAAGCUGAACAAGCAGUACUUUGAAAAUGUGGCCCUUAAAAUUAACGUUAAGGUUGGGGGAAGAAACAAUGUCCUAAAUGAUGCUAUUCAGCGGAGAAUUCCUCUUGUUUCAGAUCGGCCUACAAUAAUCUUUGGAGCAGAUGUAACACACCCACAACCUGGAGAGGACUCCAGUCCUUCAAUAGCAGCUGUUGUUGCCUCAAUGGACUGGCCCGAGGUAACGAAGUAUAGAGGAAUCGUUUCAGCUCAGGGUCACCGUGAUGAAAUUAUACAAGAUUUGUACAGAGAGGAUAAAGAUCCUCAGAAAGGGUUGGUGCGUGCAGGAAUGAUCAGGGAGCUUUUCAUUGCUUUUAGAAGGUCAACAAAUAUGAAACCGCACAGAAUAAUUUUUUACAGAGAUGGUGUAAGUGAAGGACAGUUCUCACAAGUUUUAUUUUAUGAGGUGGAUGCAAUCAGGAAGGCGUGUGCCUCUCUUGAAGAGGGUUACCAGCCUCCGAUUACCUUUGUUGUGGUGCAAAAGAGACAUCAUACCCGUCUUUUCCCCACCAAUGCGGACACUGAUCGGAGUGGAAACAUCCUUCCAGGUACUGUUGUCGACACCAGUAUUUGCCAUCCAACGGAAUUUGAUUUCUAUUUAAACAGCCAUGCCGGCAUUCAGGGGACGAGUAGGCCAACACAUUAUCACGUUUUGUAUGAUGAAAACAAAUUCACUGCCGAUGCAAUGCAGAUGCUUACUAAUAAUCUUUGCUACACGUAUGCAAGGUGCACUCGGUCGGUUUCCAUUGUUCCACCAGCAUAUUAUGCCCAUCUUGCAGCCUUUCGUGCCCGCUAUUACAUAGAGGGUGAUUCAUCCGACAGCGGUUCCACAAGUUCAGGUGGUGGGAAUGUAGAGAUUCAACGGCUGCCAAGCAUAAAAGAAAAUGUGAAGGAUGUGAUGUUUUACUGUUGAGCGUGUGAGAGGAUGUGGUUGGUGUGUUAUGAGUUUUGGUUUUGGAAGCUCUCCUUCUUUAGGGUCCGUCUCUUAUUUUGGUACAUAUUAGCUUUAUUGGUGCUUUCUUGAUGGAAAAUUGGAGCACCAGGUACAAAACUAUUUUUAAAAAUUGCUACUACACUUGUGUUCUACUCUGUUUUUUUUUUUGGGAAGGGGGGAGUGCAUACACUCACCAUGGGUUUUUUGGGUUUUUGCAUGUACAUAUGCAUGUAAAUAACCAGUAGUUUAUACCUUACCUUAACAGGUCAUUUUGUGGGAAUAUCAUGCAAAAUUUUAGAUUAAUACUAAUAAGGAAAUUUAUGUCUA